UUUUAAAAUCUGAGAUCGUUGUUUUUGGUUCCUUUUAUAGCAAUUGUCUGUAACAACAAAGAUAGAAACUAACCUUAAAAAUAAAUGGCUACAAAGAGCUAUAAUUCUGUUGUUGUGGAUAUUCUGUGUGAAUUUCUAGAAAUUUCAGUCCAUAAUAUACUUUACGUGAGGAAAAUAUACCCUGAAUCAAUAUUUGUGCCAAAAAGGAAGUAUGGGGUUGUUAUCCAUAAGUCGCAGCAUCCCUUACUCAAUGAUUAUAUAGCGGAAUGUAUGAAGGCUGUGCAUUUCCAUGCAAACGCCAAUCAAUUGAAGAGAUUAUUUAUUUGCAUCAAAACUGCAAGUAAGCAACUUGAAAAGUUUGUCUUCGACAUUGUGAAACUGAAAAGUAUAAUUGAAAGUGACUUAUUAUAUGUAAAAUUGGAACAAGACUUUAGAGCAUUCAGUCUAAAAUUAGGAACAUCUCAUAUAUACUUGAAUCCAUUACCAGCCGAUGUGGAAUUCAGCAUACAAAUUCAUACCACAGAAUAUUCAGCAAUAGCCUAUAAUGAUAAACCUCUUUGUGAUGACUUUCCAUGGAUCUCUCUACCAAAGUUUGGAACUGAAUUGAAAGAAAUCAUUCCUGUUCAUACAGUUGACUGUGACCAUUUAUUAGUACAAAUAUAUAUUGAAAAGGAAACAUGAUCAUUUGCUAUAUGUUGUAUAUUAAUUAAAAAAAAAA